AUGGAGCCCCCGAAAGUCUGUUUUGGACGCUCAGCGAUAGCGCUGUGGAAAAAACAAGCAAAUACGAGCGGAACGCCACAGCGAACGAAGGGAGCGAAUCCUUGUGGUGGCAUGCAGUUUCUAUCAUUCUUGUCAUCUGCUGGGCACAACUGGGCAGGGCCGACUCGCCACGUUGUUAGAGCUCCGACAACUGCUCCGUCUUGGAAACGACAAGACGGCACCCAAGGCCGACAGCCGCCACAUUCCAUGUCGAACACCAGUUUGAGUCGAGCCGCCACACAUAGCGGGCGUCGAGGCGGAGCGGAAAGCCCAGCGCCGCCCGUGGCGUUGAGUUUCGAGUCGCGCGAAAAGGAGUUUCAUACGGCACGAAUCCACGACUCGCAAAUAUGCAAUACUCGGGCACACAUGUCAGCGCAGAAGAUGUCUAAACAGUGUGCAGAGGCCUUGGGUUGGGCGCUGUCGUGCUUUUCUUCCAAGACUUGGUACCUAAGGCAGCUCAACGCAGCGGGCAACAAGCAACAAGCGUCACGCACGUUCACAGCUAUAGUGUCAGAGCGCAGUCCCCGAGGUACCGAGAGAUCCAUAUGGGCACAACAAACCCAAUCUUGGGUUCAUCAUAGGUACCGUCAGGUAGGUGCGUCCGCGGCGCAAUCAAACGUCCUGGGGGUAAGCAUGAUGCCUCUACGUGGCCAGCAACAGAAAACCGACACCUAG